AUGACGCUUUACUACAGUUUGGUCUUUAUGCUCCUAGUAGCAGAGAUGAGCAUCUUCAUGCUGCUCAUCGUUCCUCUGCCAUUCGCUAUCCGCAGGAAGCUGUUCACCUUCAUCUCCGAAAACCCAAUCAUAGCAAAGCUACAAUACGGUUUAAAAAUUACGUUCAUAUUCAUCCUCAUCCUGUUCAUCGACAGCGUGAACAGAGUCUACCGCGUCCAGGUAGAGCUCGCCGCUGCCACCGAUGCCUCCAAGGGUAACGCUGCUGCCAUCAUGGGUCACGAGCGUCUCGAGGUCCAGGCUCGCAAGUUUUACUCCCAGCGCAACAUGUACCUCUGCGGUUUCACUCUCUUCCUCUCCUUGAUCCUCAACCGCACCUACAUCAUGAUUCUCGAGGUCCUCCGUCUCGAGGAGAAGCUCAAGAAGUUCGAGGGUACCGACAAGGACACCAAGCAGUCCGCGAAGCUCGCCAUGGCCGGUGACCCUGGUGAGAUCUCCCGCCUCAAGCGCGAGGUCCAGCUCCGUGACCAGGACAUCGAGACCCUCAAGAAGCAGUCCGCCUCUCUCCACCGCGAGUAUGACGAGCUUGCUGAGAAGUACGGCCGUACCCAGCAGGAUGGUGUCCCCAAGAAGAUGAAGUAA